AAAAAAGUUAUUGAUAAUACUACUCCCAUUAGCCAUACUGCUAUUAGUAAUUGUUGGAGCAUCUUUUAUUUGUUCUCGAAUGGCAACAAAAGCUAAAAACAAAGAUGAGAAAGCUCCACUUGAAGAUGUUUAUUUUGUAUGGGGCCUUGAAAGAGAAAUAUUGUAUGAAGAUAUCAUUGAAGCCACAAAGGAAUUUGAUGAAAGAUAUCUUGUUGGGAAAGGGGGCCAAGGAAGUGUUUAUAGGGCUGAGUUGCCUACAGGUGAUGUUGUCGCUGUAAAGAAGCUUCAUUCAAUGCCAAGUGGGGAAAUCACCAACCACAAAGCUUUUACAAGUGAGAUUCAAGCUUUGACAGAAAUCAAACAUCGCAACAUUGUGAAGCUAUAUGGAUUUUAUUCCAACUCACAAUUCUCCAUUUUGGUUUAUGAGUUCUUGGAAGGUGGCAACUUGGAUAACAUACUAAAGAAUGAGAAGCAGGCCACUGAGUUUGACUGGAAUAACAGGGUGAAUGUUGUUAAAGGCGUGGCUAAUGCUUUAUUCCACAUGCAUCAUGGCUGUUCAAUUCCUAUUGUUCAUCGUGACAUAUCAAGCAAGAAUGUUCUUUUAAGUUCAAACUAUGAAGAAGCUCACAUCAUUGACUUCGGAACAGCAAAAUUUUUGGAUCCUAACUCAAACAAUAUGACCACAUUUGCUGGCACAUUUGGCUAUGCUGCUCCAGAGAUUGCUUUCAUAAUGAAGGCCAAUGAGAAAUGUGAUGUAUACAGCUUUGGAGUUUUGACUUUAGAAAUCAUUAUGGGUACACAUCCUGCUGAACUUAUUUCAUUUUUGGCGGAGAAUUCAACCAAUAAUGAUUUAUUGUUAAAAGAUGUGUUAGACCAACGACUUUUUCCACUCACAAAACCAAUCCUAGAUGAUGUGAUCUUAGUUGCAAAAAUAGCUUUGUGUUGCUUGAAUGAGACUCCUCAAUCUCGUCCAACCAUGGAACAAGUAUCUGUGGAGCUAGCAAGGACACCAAAAUCUUAUUCAGAGGAUCAAUUUCACACCAUCACCAUCAGGCAACUAAUGAGGGAUUGA